AUGGAUAAGUAUAUUCAAUAGGCAAAGUGCGCUUAUAAUUUUUCUUUAAAGGCAGUACGUUUCGUUGGACCUUUGAACAUUGUUUUUGCUGGUGUAGCAUUUCUUAUGUUUUAUGAAAACAACUACAAGAAGCUUUACUUGAAUCCCAGAUACUCUUACACCAUGCCCUACUUGCAAAGUGCUAAAAUAACCAAAAAUCUUUACGAAAAGCUCUGA